UAGUGCCUGUCGGCUCAUUGAAGUGAAACAUUUGAUCAAAUCGUUAAUGUAACACAAUGCAUUUCCUUCAAAUAAUGGUUUUAAUUUCAGGUACUCUUCAGUUGUUGGCAUGCACUUUGUUGCUUAUGCAACCAACAAUGGCGGCACUGCGGAUUUUAGCUGUGGAGCCGCACCCGGGGAAAAGUCAUUGGAACUUUAUGAACGGAUUUUUACGCUCGCUCACCGACGUCGGUCACGAAGUGACGGCUUUCACUUGGUUUGCCGAAGAAACCCGAGAAAACUACACGGAAAUCUUGUUGGAGGGACCAUCUCGAUUAAACAUGCACGUGAGCAAGUUUAUGGAACUGAGAUCUCUAGCCGCUUUCAUGAAAUUCACCGUGACUUCGAACAGGGAAAAUUGCGAUUACAUAUUUGCACAUUCGAAAAUGAAGACUAUCUUAGCAGACAUGUCCGGUGAAUUCGAUGUCCUCGUCGUCGAAUCUAUAGGUUCCGAGUGUUUGUCGUACUUGGCUCACCGCCUCCAUUUGCCUCUAAUCUAUCUGUUUCCAUCGGUUAUGCCGUAUCACAUGGAAUCGUUGUUUCUGGGCGAGGAAUCCAAUCCUGCAUACGUGUCAAAUUUUAUGGCGUCCUUCGUCUACCCAAAGUCGUUCCCCGAACGCUUAAGCAACUUUCUGACCUACAAGUACGGCAAGUUUUUAUUGUGGUACACCGAAACGCUGUCGGCCAAGACCAACCCUAAAACGUAUGACUCUGUCGAACCGGUUAAACCCUCUGUGGUGUUUGUCAAUAGUCAUUUAGUCAUCGAACCGGCCAAACCAACGUUACCGACUGUCAUAAACAUUGGCGGUAUUCAUCUACGCGAACCGAGAGCAAUACCAAAUGACAUACGGGACUUUAUUGAAAACUCACCAAACGGAGUGGUUUACUUCUCGUUUGGAUCAAUAACGGCUAUGUCAUCAUUACCGGAGCACGUUCAAAAAUCAUUUAAAUUAGCUCUAGGGCGACUCCCGCAAAGGAUACUGUGGAAAUUCGAAACAGAAAUGGAAGAUAAACCGGAAAACGUAAUGACAAGAAAAUGGUUUCCCCAGCGCGAUAUUCUUUUACAUCCAAAUGUCAAGCUGUACAUCGGUCACGGAGGUAUGUCUGGUGUGUACGAAGCUGUCGAUGCCGGUGUGCCUAUGUUAGGAUUUCCUAUUGUCUCUGAUCAACCUCGGAAUAUAGCUAGUCUCGUGGACGCUGGAAUGGCCAUUACACUUGAUCUGAUGAGUGUCACCGAAACGCUGAUUUUUGAUUCUGCCGACAAAUUAAUCAACGAUAAAAAGUAUUUAUCAAACGCUAAAUCGGUUGCCAAACGUUUUAAAGAUCGUCCAAUGUCGCCUGCACAAGCCGCCACUUAUUGGACGGAAUACGUAGUACGACACAACGGUGCGCAACAUCUAAAAUCAAAAGCUUUUAAUCUUACAUGGUACGAAUAUUAUCUUCUAGAUGUACUCUCUGCGAUACUCAUCUCGUUUUCGACCAUUGGAUAUAUUAUUUAUACAUUGUUAAAUGUCUUAUGCCGACGAUUUUUAUUUAAAUUAAAGUCGAAAACGGAAUAAGUGUUGUUUGUACUAUUCGAAAUCACACUAAACAACUCCGUUGAAAAUUUAAUAUUUGUCAUUUAACUAAAUUGUUCUUUUUGUUAUGUUUCGCGUUUUGUUAUGAAUAACAUACAAAUUUGGGUCGUGUUUGCAUUAUUCUCAUUUCUACUAUUUUCGAAAAUUUUAAAAAAAAUUACUACAAAAUACAAGUUCUAAAGAGCUUAACGGCUUAAGGUAAACAUAUUCGAAUAGGUUCCAAAUUUGUAUGGAAUAUGUUUUAGCUUCGAGGCAUAGAACUACAUUAGACAUACACUACUACUAUCAUAAAUAAUGUAAUAUAUUAUUAUGUACCGUGAUACACAUAAAAAAAACAACCAAAAACCCUUCCCCCCUUCUCCGAAGAGUUGUAUUGUAUUUUUUAUUCCGCUUUUUUAAGUGUACUUUUAGGGCUUUAAGUAUAAAAAUUAUAUUGGAGGUAGAUCUAGAAUGGAGUUUUAACAUGCACAGUUUUCUCAAAAAGCUGUAAUCAAACUUUUAUUUUAUUAAGAAAAACCAAAAAAGGGGGGGGGGCAUUACACGUUGGUCGCUUAACUAAAUUAACAGUCAAAAGAAUUCCUACAAAUACAUCUUCUUUUUUUAGAAAAUUAUAAUUUUAUACAUAAAUUUAUAAAUAUAUCUGCAUAUUAUAUAUAUAUAUAUAUAAUAUAAGGUGAUCCACUUAUCGUGAACCACUCAAUAUCUCAUUGGAUUUAAUAAGAAAUUA